AUGCGUACGCUGUUUGCGGCGGACAUUUUGAGCCCUCCACCUACACCCGCUCCAACCAAGUCGAAUCCGUUUGAGCUGUCAUUUCAAUCGAAUACUGCUCCAACGUCUUCAGUCGCUUCAUCCGGGAGCUCGCCAGAACAGAACGCAACGUUAACGCAACACUUCGACCAGAGACUACCAGACCCUGUUGGAGAUGCAACACACUCUACCGAUCAUGAUUUUGCGGCGCGCUAUGGCCAGACACGGCGGAAAGGAAAUCCCAAACUCAUCUUUAUGGGAACCAGGAGAAGCGGUAAAUCCUCAAUCCAAAAGGUGAUAUUCGAAAAGUUCUCGCCGGCAGAAACACUAUUCCUCGAACCCACGAGCAAGGUCGAGUCUGCUACCAUGGACUCCUUUAUGAAGUUUGAAAGCAUAGAGAUACCCUCCAACCUCCCAUACACCUCUCCGGACUUUGAUCGCGACGCAAUCUUCGCAAGCGUAGGCUCCAUAAUAUGGGUCCUCGACAUGCAAGACGAGUACUUUCACAGCAUCGGCCAGUUGAUCGAGACAGCAGUCUUUCUACUUCAGAACUACCCUCGAAUCAACUUUGAAGUCUUCAUCCACAAGACCGACGGCCUAUCCGAGGAAUACAAAUUCGACACCUUCCGCGACGUACGCCAGCGUGUCCAAGACGAACUCGCAGAUGCCGGGUACGCGAAUCGAGGAGUAGCAUUCUACCAAACGAGCAUCUUCGAUCACUCCGUCUACGAAGCCAUGAGCAAGGUCAUUCAGAAAUUACUCCCUCAACUUCCCGCAAUGGAAGCUCUCCUAAACAAACUCUGCUCCACCUGUCGAAUUCAAAAGGCAUACCUCUUCGACACAAUCUCCAAAAUUUACAUCGCCACAGACGCCAGUCCCACCUUUCUCAAAGACUACGAGGCCUGUUCCGAUUACGUGGAUACCAUAGUCGACAUCAAACAGAUUUACGGCUGGCAAACACGUGGACAAGACGGUCUUCUCGUAACAGACGGAAGUACAGAGAGUGAAGCAGUGGGAGAAAGUCUGAUCACAUACGACAAGACAGGAAACACCUAUAUUUACGCCCGAGAGAUCAAUGACUAUCUCUCCCUCAUCUGUGUCAUGGGCCAAGGAAGCACGGCCGACAAACGAGUCCUCAUUGACUAUAAUGUUAGCAUCCUCCAUGAAGCUCUCAUUCAGAUGUUCAAGCUCUGA